UGAACGCGCCUGCGCAAUGGGUACCGGGUCCAAUCUUUCUCAGUCCGAACGUUAUUGUGCUUUUUGUUUCGGAAUAGGAGGCUCGGGGGCAAAGACUUUUUCCCUUUCUUUCCUUCCCAUAGCUUUCCCAACUAUGGACCCUAAAAACUGCUGCUUCUGCGGAGCUACACAGUUACUGCCUCAGCUCUAGGAUGUGCGCUUCUUCAUUUAAAAACCCUUCGGACGGACCGAGGCAGUUAAACAGUGGAAUGGAAGGCAAGUGCUGUGGUCAUCCCAUGUUCUGCUCCUUGUCAACAAUGUAUACAUUCCUGCUUGCCACCAUAUUCAUUGUUUUAAGCUCAUGUCGAAUCCUACUGGUAAAAUAUUCAGCCAAUGAAGAAAACAAGUAUGAUUAUCUUCCAACUACUGUGAAUGUGUGCUCGGAAUUGGUGAAGCUAGUUUUCUGUGUGCUUGUGUCAUUCUGGGUUGUAAAGAAAGAAGAUCAUCAGAGUAGAAACUUGAGAUGUGCUUCCUGGAAGGAGUUCUCUAAUUUCAUGAAGUGGUCCAUUCCUGCCUUUCUUUAUUUCCUGGAUAAUUUGAUCGUCUUCUAUGUUAUUUCCUACCUACAGCCUGCCAUGGCUGUUAUCUUCUCAAAUUUUAGCAUUAUAACAACAGCUCUUCUAUUCAGGAUAGUGCUGAAGAGGUAUCUAAACUGGAUACAAUGGGCUUCCCUCCUGAUUCUGUUCUUGUCUAUUGUGGCCCUCACUGCUGGGACUGAAACUUCACAGCAUAACCUGGCAGGACAUGGAUUUCAUCACGAUGCCUUCUUCAGCCCAUCCAAUGCCUGCCUCAUUUUCAGAAAUGAGUGCCCCAGAAAAGGCAAUUGCACGGCAAAGGCAUGGACUUUUCCUGAAGCAAAGUGGAACACCACAGCCAUGGUUUUCAGUCACAUCCAUCUCGGUUUGGGUCAUGUGCUUAUUAUAGUCCAAUGUUUUAUUUCUUCAAUGGCCAAUAUCUAUAAUGAAAAGAUACUAAAGGAAGGGAACCAGCUCGCUGAAAGCAUCUUCAUACAAAACAGCAAACUCUAUUUCUUUGGCAUUCUUUUUAAUGGACUGACACUGGGCCUGCAGAGCAGUAACCGUGAUCAGAUUAGGAACUGCGGGGUCUUCUAUGGCCACAAUGCGUUUUCAGUCGCUCUUAUUUUUGUGACUGCAUUCCAGGGCCUCUCGGUGGCUUUUAUUCUCAAGUUCCUGGACAACAUGUUCCAUGUCUUGAUGGCCCAGGUCACCACUGUCAUCAUCACAACAGUAUCAGUCCUGGUCUUUGACUUCAGGCCCUCCCUGCAGUUUUUCUUAGAAGCGCCCUCAGUUCUUCUCUCCAUAUUUAUUUACAAAGCCAGCAAGUCUCCAGGUCUGGAGUGCGCACCUAGGCAAGAAAGAGUCCGAGAUCUCAGCGGCAGCCUCUGGGAGCGCUCCAGUGGGGAUGGAGAAGAACUGGAAAGACUUACCAAACCAAAAAGUGAUAUUGAGUCAGAUGAAGAUACUUUCUAAUUGGUACCCCAAUGAUUGGCAGCUCUCAGAAACCUUAUUUUCACAUCUUCAGCAUGUGUAAUAUUUAUCUCUUCACUUUGAUAAACAAGAACAUUUCUAAAGCAUAAUACUCUUUUGCAUAUAUCUAACCACUCCCGAAACAGUUCCAUCCAAGGCUUAGAGUACCCAAAGGCUAAAGCAUUCUAAGGAACUGACACGGGAGUAAGAGUAUGGAGACUGGGGCGCCUGGGUGGCACAGCGGUUAAGCAUCUGCCUUCGGCUCAGGGCGUGAUCCCGGCGUUGUGGGAGAGCCCCACAUCAGGCUCCUCUGCUAUGAGCCUGCUUCUUCCUCUCCCAC